UCCUUGCCUACAUUGUAUGGACGGAAUUGGGGACAUAAAACAAGAGACAAAAACAUGAGACCGCCCGAGCAGAAGGCCGGCCACAACAUGCGGCCGCUGCAUCUUCUUCGAAUAAACCAUUACGGAUCGGAUGAAUGAAUCAUGAUUCAUGAGUAAAUGAAUGAAUGUACCAAAUCAUGAAACAAGCACAACUGCUGCCGCUUGCUUAGUUCGUUUACCUGUCAUCCAUCACGCCCGAUUCACCCUACUCCUUGAUCGUCUUCUCCCACACAGAACUGACCCUUCUUUAUUUACACCCAAUAUUAGUCCAAAUCGGUGGACCACACUCAUCCAAAGUGAAACAAAAUUACUAGCACUAAAGGUGUGUUUGGAUGGAGUGUUAGGGGUGUUAGUAAUGGAAGUGUUGAGAAGUGUUGAUAUUAACACUUGUUUGGGAGAGAAAUUAAGAAGUGUUAACGGGUGUUAGUAAGUGUUAAAAGGUGUUAGUAAUUACCCCCUCAACACCUCAUUUGUCCACUUUUUAACACCCCAAUUUGGAGUGUAUUGAAGUGUUGACAAUUACUACCCUUCAUUUACCGAUAAAAAAAUAGCUCACUACUUCUAUUUGCCGCACAGCCCUCUCGAUCGUUGUCUGCUCAUCUGCCUCCAUCUCUUCUGCGGCAAUCUCUUCUACUCGUCUCUCACUUUUCAACCUUCAUCUCAUCUAUUCAUCAUUUGUUAUUCCAGGUUAGUUCUCUCAGAGACAGAUUUUAUAUAUUCCUUAUAUGUUUGAUUUAUAUAUAUGUGAUAGAUUGAUGUGUGUAUAUAUGAGAUAUACAUGGUACAAGAAAGCACCACCCACGAGGCUAAUCCGCCCAGAAACAGCCUUUGCCACCCACCGACGAUCUCCAUUUCCGACGACUGAGAUUUGAGAGGUAGGCGGAGACUUGAAAUGUUCUUUUACAGGGCUUCUCCGGAUACCUAAGUGAAUCAAAUUCAAUUACCGGAGCUGGAAUCCAUGGGCAACAGGAGACGAAUGGAUUGAUGUUGGCCGGCAAUGCUCUUUUCGCCUCCUUCUUCUUCCGUAUUUCUCCUUUUAUAAAUUAAGAUUUAAAAAGCAUAAGGUUAUUUUUGUAAAUUUAUGUGAAAACACUUCCUUUACUAACACUCCAUUUUUUUACUCUUCCAAACAGGGUUAAUUUAUACUUAACACUUUACACUUACCUUCCCUUCCGGACCACUGUCUACACUUACUAACACC